AAGGUCCACUCAGUUUAAGAUGUCUGGCCCCGCCACAGCCUGUGUAUAAGCGCGCGCACGUAUCAUGGGUGGAUCUUAUAAAGUUACACACCUGCUGAGCUGUCGACCGCUUCAAGAGCUGUGGUUUAAACUGCGCAUUAUGAGUUUACCAGACUAUAAAUCUACUGGAAAACAAUCUACAGCACCCGUACAUUCGAAAUCUCAAGUUAUACAGCUCAAUAUCGGGGGUCAUGUCUUCUGCACCACCCUCGUCACCAUUCGUAGGUUCCCAAACUCAACACUUGCAGACCUGUUUAAUGGACCAUCCAAACCUCGGAUGGAUUCAGAGGGUCGUUACUUCAUAGAUCGUGACGGGACUUACUUUGGGUAUAUCCUCGAGUACCUCAGAACAGAGAGCCUCCCAACUAAACACUUACAUGAAGUGCACAAAGAUGCGUUAUACUACGACAUCAAACCUCUGAUCAAAGCCAUCGAAGAGACGCCUCAGUUCUUUGGAGAGUCGGUGGGAAGACAGCAGUUCUUGACCUGUGUGCCGAAUUACCGUGAAAACCUGGAGGUGAUUGUUAAGGUAGCCAGAGCGGAGGCCAUCGCCUCACGGUACUCUACAAUAACCGUGUGUGUUGUCAGGACAGAAGAGGAUUUGGUCAAAUACAACGAUGCCAUUGACAGUCUCGGGUCUCCGAAAGAAUCAGUGGUGAGCUUUGGUCCUUGGAAAGCUCCAGCUUCAGCAGAGGACCUGUUGGACUGCAUCAAAAUGGACAUAGAAGCUAAAGGAUAUAAUAUUAAGAUCCAGCCACACAACAAAGGGUUUCUCUUUAAGAGCCACAACUUCUUUUAUAAACUGAUUUUUACGUGGUGGUGAUAGAUGUGGGGACCAAGAAUCAGGCAAUUAAUUAUGCCAUGCAAAAAGUGAUUUAAGAAGUGAAUUAAUGUUUUAACUAUUAAGGCUUCAAUUUAUUUUGACAGGAAGAAUGACAGGAUCUGUUUUUUAUGACAGCAUAUAAGUAUGAUAGAUUUUGUAUCUGUAACUGGCCUUACUUGUUUAAUAUUGACUCUAGUUGUACUGUCCCUGCCCAGUAGCCUACAUUUUCUGUAUACUGUACAUUGCUCAUAAUAAUACAGUAUCCCAUACUUUUAGUGACAUUUAAUAACAUUUAUAACAUUUGAAUGUUGACACAGGUCUAUUAAUAUUAUGACUGUAUACAUUUGUGCUAUGCAUAAGUGAUAAUUAUAUGUGCUGCAUUGUUUACUCCGGUUUUUCCCAAAACUUCCAUAUAAGAGGUAAUGUUCCAUAGACAUUUCCAGAGAAAAUGGUGGAGAUAAUGAUUUCAAAAUCCUCUAGGAUUUGUUUGUACACUGUAGCUGUUGUUUCAAUUCACAAUGUCAGUGAAAAGUCAGCAGUAAAUAAACAUAAUUUGAUAAGUUUAAAUGCUUGGUGUGACAUUGUCUACUACUAUUACAUCUACUAAUUGCUACAUAUGUUUUGUUUAAAUAUGUUAUUCUCUGUUAAGAUUAUAUUAUAUUUGCUUACAAAAAUAUUGUUUUGUACACUCAAUGUGUGGUGCAUUUUGGGAUUGAAUAAGUGCACUUGCUAAUGUCCACUAUGAUUUCAGACACCACUACAAAAUGGCUGUCAAUUAGUGCACUAUUUGGUAUAGGGAGCUAUUUCCAACACAGCCCAGUUAAUGUCUUCUUAAAAUAAUAAUAAUAAAAAUCUGUAUUUUUUCUUACUCGUUCAUUUAACCUGACAUACAUUUUGUUUCUUUAGCUUAUUAAAUGGGAAAUUUCACAAGACUUUUUUAAGGUGUCAAAUAAGUCUUUGGUGUCUCCAGAGUACGUAUGUGAAGUUCUAGCUCAAAAUACCAUAUAGACCGUUUUAUCGGGCGCACGUGCGGUGACACGAUAAGCGUCUGGUCUGAACUUUACUUCCGGUUUCUGUUCGUUUAAUGGUCUGACUAGUUGCUGAAACUGAACUCUUAAACAAAUACCUCAUCGAAAAUAACAAAUGUUUUGGGUUCCUAUGUAAUCUAUGUGUUGUUUAUUUUGCUUGUUAUAUAAAUAAAGGACUUU